AUGAGAAUUUCUUGGGCAAUCCAGACAGUGGCCCUGUUUUACCUGGCUACAUCCCACGGAGCUUCGGCCGACCGUUCUAUCAAUAUCAUCAAGAAAGACUUGACAAUUAAACCUCAGCAACCCAACUAUCAAUCCGAUGUCUAUUUUUUCAAGAGAGUUCUCGACGUGACAGAGGAGCAGGACCGUUACUCAUCACAUUCCAACAAUGUUAAGCUCUUUGCGCGAGCCGUCGGCGAUGAUGAGGUUGGGGUCCAGCACCGUCAGCCUAGCCGCCCUAACCAUGGCAGACACCGUGGUAGAAAUCCCCACCGCGGCAGAAAUCCCCAUCGCGGCAGGAAUCCUCAUCGCGGUAGGAAUCCCCAUCGCGGUAGGAAUCCCCAUCACGGUAGGAACCCCAGGCCCAAGCCCAAGCCCAAGCCCAAGCCCACGAGACCCAGUGAUCCGAAACCCAGACCAACACAGAGGCCUAAACCCAGUCCCAAACCCAGUCCUUCGCCUACGCUCAGACCCAGACCACCUACUCGAAGACCCACCACCGUGCGCACAACGACGACAACUGCUACUGUCCCUACCUCCACCUCUGCUCCAGUUGCUCCAGUUGCUCCAGUCGCCCCAGUCGCCCCAGUUCCCCCAGUUGCUCCAACCGUUCCAUUUGCCCCUCCUAGCAACAACAACCCUGAUAACGUGCAGGGUAAUCCACCAGGUGUUGUUGAUCCUACGACUUCUCCUCAGCCAAAUUCUGACCUGGCUGCGGGAGUUACUAGCACUACAAUGUCUGGUGAUUCUGGCUCCUCGCUGGGCGCCAUCCUUGGUGCUGUCGUUGCUUCUGUAGCUCUUGCAGGCCUCGUUGCUCUUGGUGUUUACCGACGCCGUGAGAAACGUCGCACCAUUGAGGAGCAGCCCAUGUCUGGCGCUCCCGAAUUGGAUGAGGCCCCUCGUACAGCGUUUAGGCAUGAGUCCUUCAUGGCACUGGUGAAGGAUGCUGCUCAGGGCUUCUAUGCUCCUGGAACAGCCGCUCCUAGCGCUGGUUCUGGUCCUUCGCCUCUUGCAACCGUCAGUGCUGGCGCUGGCGCUGCAGCCUUGUCACGCCAGUCUAGUACCAGCUCUCAGAACAGUCAACACUUGGGCACAACCAAGAAUUCUUUGAAUGGUGCUAUGCCCCCUUCGUCUGUCCUCCCUCCUUUGGCUCAUCUCGCAGAUGGACGUCCCUCAGAGUUUAGCAAUGUUCCCCUUUAG